AUGUCUUCCACCGACCCUUCUGUGCGGCGCAUCCUGCCGCAGGAGUCCCAGAACGCCCAGGCCAUGGGCAUGAACAGCUAUACGUUUGCGCCUCAGCAAUACCCCCAGAGGGAGACCCAGAAGAACUAUGUCUUUGUUGAUGAGCACAAUCGCCAUAAGCGACUCAAAGUGAUGAGAGCUUGCGAAGGCUGCCGACGCCGAAAGAUCAAAUGUGAUGCGGCCACUACAAAUACCUGGCCUUGCUCUGCCUGUAUCCGACUUAAACUUCACUGCGUUCGACCAAAUGGCUACGAUGGCGCCGCUGAUUCGACGACAUACGAGACUUUUGUCCCUUCCGGAAGCCAAUUCCAACAGAUGGCGAUGCCACCGCACGCACAGGGUCAAGCUGCCCUGAAGCCAGAGUCCGACGUCUAUGCGCCGCAGGCCGGCUAUCCUGACGCAGCUUCGGCUUCCUUCCAAACUAUGCCAUAUAACGCCUCGCAGCCUCAGCACGAUAUUCACUACACCGCAGUUGCCCCGCCAAUGUCCUUGGUUGACCAACAGGUCGCGCCUCAGGAUGCAUUCCCAACGCCGCCUACAUUGCAGCAGUCGUCGCAGCAGGGUUCUUCACCGGGUGCAUAUUCUGAUUCCUAUCAGGGGCAAGACCUAGCAGAUCUCCUCGGUGGCCUCAAGAUGAGUGAGAUUGGAACCGCACCCUAUCUGAGAAAUAAGACGUCCUUUAGACAUGAAGAUCCGGCUGUUGAGGAAGACGAUGGUUACGGAAAUCUACCUCCCAUCUCGAUCGGCGCCGGCCAUAGGAUUCGCAUCCCACCCGAACUGAUGCCGGAUGACGGAAACGCGAUCCACUACUUUGAUCUCUACUUUACCCACGUCCAUCCCUAUGUUCCCGUGUUGAACCGGUCAACGUUCUACCGCCAAUGGGCUACUGCUAGGGAUUCCAUCUCUCCCCUAAUCCUUGAGGCUCUAUUUGCCAUUGGAGGACGGCUGGCAGAUGAGCCAGCGCAGGGCCAACAGUGGCUGGCUUUGGCAUCAAGACAUGCCGAUGCUUUUAUGGAUGUUCCCCGACUUAGCACUCUUCAAGCACUACUAAUGAUUCUCAAGGCCCGAGAGGCCGCGCCGAAGCGAGGUUACUACUACCGCUCGUGGAUGACCGUCGUGCAGUGCGUUCAAAUGGCCAAGGAUCUUGGACUCGAGGAGCAUUAUGAGGAACACAAAGCCGGGCGGCCUUGCGAAUAUGCAAGCAACCCCACUGAAUGCCAGCUGCGAACGCGGAUCUGGCAGACAGUCUUCAUUUGCGAGGUCAUGGUGGGAGGUCCUCAAGGUCGAUAUAACAUGGCUGUGGACAUUGAGUCUGUAGAUUUCAACGUGCCGAAGCCCAUUCCUGGUGGAGACGACGCCGAAUAUCUCAUCUCGCGCAACUUUACCUACUUUGCUCGCAACGUGCGAAAUAUUGCCAAGAUUACCAGCAUCUAUGUGCGCUUAAAGAACAGAAAGGACUGGGGAAUCGAUCCCGAAUUCCAGCAAAUGGACCACGCUUUUAGCCAGUUUUUGGCAGAAAUUCCUGCUGAUCUGAGUGUCACAUUUCCACCGGACGGCUCGGCGCCCUGGCUGCCAUCACCGUUCCUCGGCAACAUUCACUCAUAUUACUAUCUGACUCUGAUCCUGUUCCACCGACCUCAGCUAUCGUUCUUCGAUCCAACUACACAGGAAGCUCAAUGGAAACACCACAUGAUGAUCUGCUAUAAUUCCGCCCGAGCUCUCUGUCGCUUACAAGAGGCUGUCAUCAACUCAUUCGGAGUCAUGGGGUUGCAGUGCAUGCAGCGUGGGUUUAGCUUGGCUGUCUACGCUGGACUUUCAUGCAUUGUGCUUCAUCUAGUGGCGAUUGUCUCUCCAGAUCCCGAUCUUCACACGGACGCACGAGAAUUCUUUACCCGUCACAUGCGGAUUAUGGAAACGGUGAUGGAAGCGUGGCCUAUGCCGGAAUUGCGAAGACAGGUCGACGCCGUCCGAGAGGCCUUUUCCGCUGACAUUAGGAAGCCUUUUGUUCUCAAGCCAUCUUUCCCAUACGGAAGCCCACAUCCGUCUCAUAGUGCCAGCCCCCCAGCGUUCCGUGGCAUGGAGCGCGCCGGUUCUAUGGAACAAGUUCUGGAUACGAGCGGCACCCAAACAGUCAGUUAUAUAAGCCAUCCCAUAUCACCUCCAAUAUCUACCGGCGGUCUGGACAGUAAGAGUGACUCCCCAUCUGCACAGUCACUUGUUAUGAUGCCACAAACGGUUGGCCCCGGCAUUCCACCAAACAUGACCAUGCCGGAGCAGCCCACUUGGAAUCCUGCAAAGAUUUUUGAACAAUGGAACACCACAUUUGGUACGCCCGCUCAUACAGAGCCCAAUCCUGUUUCCCCGGCCAGCUCUCUGAACAUUGCUUCGUCCUCAGGUGCACCCGAAAUUCCUUCACUUGAUGAUAUUCAGGCUGUAAACUCCUCGUUGCCGCCCGGCUCACAACACAGCAUCUCCCCACAACAAUAUGCGGCUGCGCCUGUGCCGAACUUCGUCACGCCCGCUAUGUGGCAGGAAUCUGUAGCCAACGUGUACGAAGGCGGCCUCAAGCGCUCGUGGGAUUACGAUGGGGUCACUCCAGCUAUGAAGCGCCGCUAG